ACGCGAAGUUUUUCUGCGAGGCUAGCGCAACGACCGGGAUUGGCCACAUUACAAUCUGAUCUUUCCAAUAGAAAUUUACCCUUUUGGCAUCUGCAACUGCAACUGCAACUGCAACUGAGAGAGAGAGACAGAGAGAUCUGCAACAGCAACUGAAACUCUGAGAGAGAGAGAGAGAGAGAGAGAUGGUGAUGUGGGUGUUCGGGUACGGCUCUCUCAUAUGGAAAGCUGGGUUCCACUACGACGAUCGCCUCGUGGGUUUCAUCAAAGGCUAUCGUCGGGUGUUCUAUCAAGGGAGUACUGAUCAUAGAGGCACGCCGGAGUUUCCGGGACGGACCGUCACUCUGGAGCCUGCAGAGGGAGAAUUCUGCUGGGGAGUUGCGUACAGAAUUUCUGAUGAGCAAGAUAAAAGAACUGCAAUAACGUAUCUCGAAGUAAGGGAGAAGCAAUAUGAUCAGAAAGCUUCUCUCGACUUUUUCACUGACCCAGCUGCUGUAACUCCGGCUGUAUCUGGAGUAAUGGUAUACGUUGGUUCUCCAGAUAAGAAGAUCAACAUGAAUUAUUUGGGCCCUGCACCUCUUGAAGACAUUGCUAGACAGAUAGUGCUCGCCGAAGGACCGUCAGGACCAAACAGGGAUUAUCUUUUCCAAUUAGAGAAGGCUCUUCUUCAAAUAGGGUGUGAGGAUAAGCAUAUAAAGGAUCUUGCAGAUGAAGUGAGACGUCUCCUAUCAGAGAGGAAACUGAAAGGAGAAGAAGUAUGAAGCAUCUUGGCUAUUCUUCCAAAUUACUAGAGAAGCCCUUCAACACACAUUGACGUUGCCGAAGUUAUAGACUUGGUCAUACAGUCGAGUACUUUCAUUCGGCCAUUGUUCAGAUUUUGAUGGUGUUGAUUUCAUCUAUUCUUUUGCUUGAUCGCCGUUAUAAAACUUUAAUUAGUUGUCUUCCGCAU